UACUGAUAAUGAUUUCUUUUUCGGCUUUACAGGUUUACCUAUAUGUGUCGAGUGAAUAAAGGGCGUUCUUAAAAUGCAACAUCCGGGCUGCUUUUUACCGGGAUAUCUUUUUUAAACCCACUCAAAGAAGCUUAUAGGAUGUUUUGGGUUUGUUCGUGUAGCAUUGUUGACUUUUGUGUAUAGCUGUAAUAAAUUGCAUCUAGCCUGGAUAUCACAACUCGUUAAUUGGAUGGCGUAUGUGGAAAUCCAAUAUGGCCAGAGGAGGAAAACCCGGACCACGUCUCAUAUAAAAGGGAAGUCGAAAAGGCGACAUAUCAUUAGCCAUCGCUGCUCCUUCCGAGCCCUGUAAGUGGAUUUCCACGAAAGAACUCGAGAUGAACGCGAAGCUCGCUCUAUUUGCAGCUACUGCUGCUAUCAUCUAUGCGGCGGUGCAGACGAGUGCGUACAGGCGGGUCUGCUACUUCCCCAACUGGGCGUUUUAUCGUCCCGGUUUGGGUAAAUUUUUCCCUUCGAACCUGGAUGCCAAUCUGUGCACCCACAUUAUCUAUGCUUUCGCCACCAUGGCGGACAACAAGCUCACCGCGUCCGACCCUUACCUUGACAUUGAUCAGGGCUUUUACAAGAAGGUGAAUGCUCUGAAGGAGCUCAACCCAAGUCUAAAGGUUCUCAUAGCCAUAGGUGGCUUUUCUUUCGGCACGUGGCCCUUUAGCAACAUGGUGGCUACUGCAGAAAACAGAGCAAUAUUCGUUCAGCAGUCAGUCAGCUUUUUGAGAUUGCACGGGUUCGAUGGUCUUGACCUAGACUGGGAAUAUCCAUCUGGUGUCGACAAGCAGCGCUUCGUCACGUUAGUCGAGAAAUGGGCAGCAGAAAGGUGGGUGUCCGGUGGAUGUCCAAAGGAGAAGCUGACCAUUGGCCUCGCCGCAUACGGUCGUAGCUUUACACUUCAACUCGCUUCUAAAUACAAGAUGGGCGAUGCUGCAAAUCACGGUGGUACCGCGGGAACGUACACUCGCGAAGCGGGCUUUCUGUCGUAUUACGAGGUGUGCGACAUGCUCAGGUCGGGAGCUACGCGAGUGUGGCAUAAUGAUCACCAGGCGCCCUACGCCUAUCUUAGCAACCAAUGGGUCGGUUACGACGACGAGCAAUCCAUCGCUAACAAAGUUGAUUGGAUUAAAGAAGAGGGCUUUGGUGGUGCUAUGGUGUGGUCAGUCGACUUGGACGACUUUACCGGCAUGUUCUGCAUGAAUGAUAAGUUUCCACUGCUCAACAUAAUCAGGAGUGGACUACCAUCCGCUAACGAAGUAAUGAUAACGUCACAGUUAACGUCAUUAUCAUCGUCACCGACAACGUCAGAGACAACGUCAUCACCAACGUCACCGACAACGUCAGAGGCAACGUCAUCACCAACGUCACAGACAACAUCAGCUCCAUCGACGACUGUGGCGACAUCAGGUGGAGGUGAGUCUUUUGACUGCGCCGGUAAAGCUGACGGCUUUUACGCAGACGAUGCGGACUGCAACAAAUACUACCGAUGUGUCGGCAGCGUGAUGUACCAAUUAAACUGUCCACAAGGCCUUUACUGGAACGUGCAAUGUACAUGUUGCGAUUGGGCGUAUAACGUAAAUUGCACUCCAUACGGCAUAAUCAUGAGAUAAAUAUGACCAUGUUGGCAAGACCAUCUGUAGAGGUAGCUGGUACUAUUUUUAUUAUUGCUACUGAGAUGAGGCGUAUGGGUAGAUUUUCGCUAAAAUAAAAUAAUACAAAAUUAAAAAACCUACGUAAGUGCUAUGAGGCGUGUGGGUGAUGUCUAACCUACGUAAGUGCUGGUGGAUGUUGGGCGUCUUACAAAACAAUGCAAUACCUCGCGCUAUUGAUUCGUUACGGAUCCUUUUUUUACACGGUAUUUUGAGUAACGUCUACAACGAUAUGUUGAAUGAAACAAACCUUCCGUUCAAGCCAUAAUAACUUUAAGUAGCAUACCAUAUACGUUAUAAAUCUAAUGUCAUCGUAUAUGUUGUCUUGAAAACAAAACAGUUAUUGUUAAAUUGUGUUUAUAAAAUAUUAUUUGGUAUCAAGAAAUCUGUCGCAUUGCUCACUAGUUAUAACGUCAAUAUUUUCGGUCGGUAUAUAACAAAUUAUCUGAUAUUGAAUUUGUAAGUAGUAAGUAAGUAAGUAGUAAGUAAGUAAAAGUAAAAUCUUUAUUUAACGACGGUAAAACACGUUAGGUACAGACACAAUAAAUUGGCGCGGACCUAUCUUCCACAUGGCCGUCUCUAUUGUUGUUCUUACAACCUAAUAUAAUUAAGUAGCGGUAGUAAGAUUGUACACGAUGAUAGCUGAUGAUGAUGGUGAUGAUGAUGAUGAUGAUGAUGAUGAUGAUGAUGAUGAUGAUGAUGAUGAUGAUGAUUAAGUAUCAACGACUCCAAAUUCAACAACAUCAACAUCACUCAACAGCAAAAUAAAGCAAUCAUCGCAUUAUUACGAUUAAAAUUCCUCUUGUUAUCGAGGUUGUCUCACAAGAACGUGACACGGUGCAUAGAUCAUUGGUGUCAUCGGUGAAUGUAUAGGAUUACUGAGGUUUAAGCCGCUGGUAGAUGUAAAGGCACACCAAAUUGCGACACUGUUCUACUGACCUAGUACAACGUGGAGCACUUGCUUAGUCAAGCAUUACAUUCUGACAAUUACUCGCCCGGUUGGUUGUAAUGUCCGCAUAAGUAUCAUGUUAGCUAGUGUACCCACAUGAUGUUAGAUACACAAAUCAUGGGUAAAAUUCCCUAAUGGAUUUAUUGCCUUCUAGGCG